ACUGCUCCACCACCACCUCCAGCCUCCUCCACCCUCCAUCAACUGGCCUCCACUGCUCCUCCAGCCUCCUCCACCCUCCAUCACCUGGCUUCCACCACUCCAACACCUCCUCCAGCCUCCUCCACCCUCCAUCACCUGGCCUCCACUGCUCCAACACCACCUCCAGCCUCCUCCACCCUCCAUAACCUGGCCUCCACUGCUCCAACACCACCUCCAGCCUCCUCCACCCUCCAUCGGCCGACCUCCAAUGUACCACUUAAAAGAAAGGAAAAAGUUAUGUGUCCACAUUGUGGUGUUGUUAUAAAUCGGAGGAACGUGAAGUUGCAUAUCCAAAGAAAGCAUGCACCAACAGCAAUGGACAUAACAUCUACUAAGCACUUAAAGGCACAGUGCCUUGACCACAAUAACGGCAUAUUUGCCGUCAUCAAAUCCUUUUCUGGCCCCAACACUGCACUCCAUGUUCAAAAAAAGACAUGGGGGACGAAUAGGAGCACCAGGUGUGAGCUGGAUGUAUGCAAGGUUAAUGCUGAAUUUGCUGCGAGAUCAAAUUGCAAGCAUUUUGAAUGUCCCCAUAUUCAAUCCCUGCAGUACUGCCCACCAGCCAGGGAUGAUGACCCAUCCCUUGAAGGGGAUGUGCUGCAGGAGAUGGUAAGGCAGAAGUGGUUUGGCAAGGAGAAGCAGGACCAGUGCUUGAAGCGGCAGAGAGAGGCCAUAGUUGCAGGGACACCCCUGUCCUGCCAAUUAACUAUAUGUACUCCUCCAACCAAAAAGUACAUCUCAGUCUUUGAGCCUACUGUGUCUUAUUACAGUCGGCUUGGUCGAGUCAUUGUGACUUAUGAUUCAAAACAGCUGUCCUGGCACUGUCCCUGUGCUAAGCCCAGGCAGUCUUGCCUGCACAAAAACAUCACCAAGUGGCACCUGUUCCAGGUCGAACCGAACAGUUUUCGCAAAACACGGAGUAUGGAAGAGGAAGGAAGCCAGUUCCCUUGUGAGGUGGAAGGAAUGGACGAAGAAGUUAAUCCACCAGAGGGAAGGGCUGUGGAGAGAAUGGUGCGCUACAUUUACCACUCCAAAAAAAUGCCUCCUGUUCUCACCAAUGACGUGAUCACCGAUAAUUUUCCAAAAACCUUUACACCAGCAAAAAUAUACUGUACGGAAUGUAUGACACCAACUCUUCUUGGAGAACCGGAACUAAUAACAAUAAAGGGGAAAAUUGUUACUGUGACGGAUGUAAUUGAAGGCAUUUCACUGUACCGGAAACGGUGCCAUACGUGUGGAAUGGUAUACCGGUACCAGGAAUGGUCAGAAGGCAUAUUCAAUUUUGAUGACCACACCCUGCUGUCUUUGCACCUAUGUCUGUUUCUGCGCAAUAAUCUUCAGACCCAUCAGGCAGUUAGUAGGGCCAUUGAGGUUCUAGAGAGAACCUCUGGAAAGACUUACCCAUCCAAAAAUAAGAUCCUGCAAGCCUACCUUGCAUUUGAAGCUCUCACGGGUCAUGAAUACACAUAUGCCUGUGUGUCAUGUGGCCAUAACCCCACCAGUGUUGUGAUGGAUCUUCACAAGAAGGGUGUCUUCAGUAUGCCUCUGGGCAACAUUGAGGAGCCACCUGAAGAUUUUGAUGGCGACGUAGACAUUCAACAGUUUUGGGACAUGGUGUGCUUAGAAAUGAUUUCUCGGGGGCUGGUGACUAACAACAAGGCAAAUCCAUUUGUUGUCAAGCCCAGUUAUCAUUUCUGGGCUCCGUGGAUUGGGCCUUUUACCAGGAGGGGUGACAAGGUGCUCAAUACAGAGUUUCAAAAGCGGCAUACACCGCACAGUGCACAGGAGGAGGUGGAAUUGACUGUGACUGAAGACCGCCUUACAGACGAGCUCCUGAAGCUUAAGAUGGAGGAUGUGCGUUCCUUGUGUAGGCAGUGUGGCGUGGAUAGCAAAGGGUCUCGCAUGGACCUGAUUUUGAGACUGCAGGGACAAAUGAAGAACCGAGCAUCUUAUGACAAAAUGUUCCAGCAAAUCUGGGGGGCUUCUGGUGGCUGGGCAGUAGUGACGUGCCCAUGUUCGGUAGUAUAUGGAGUGAAGUUGCUUUCCAUGAAGCAUUUCCCAAAUGUGACCCUGUAUGACUUUGCACGAGGACUGGCAACUCAUGCCAAUGUCAGAGAGCUGGGAAUUUUUAGACCACAUCAGGGAAGGCUGCUGGAGCCUAUGGCAUCAAACAUUGCCCUUGCCAGCUCAGGCCAGGCAAAAGUGAGUCUACCAUGGCUAGCGCUUAGGAAGGAGGUCCCUGAUGUUGAUGGCCACCCCAUUUCUGGAUCGGCAGACCAUUACGCAUUGUAUGAUCGCUUCCAUGAGGGCAACACCAAGGAUGCCAGGGAUGUCUUGCGGAGGGUGGAUCUCGUGCCUGAGAUUUGUGGCUGGGUGAAUAGCCAGACGGCUGAGCAACUAUUUUCUGACAUGAGGAAGAAUAACUAUUUUUUAAACAUGAUGUCCCCUUCCUCACACAUCUUCUUAAUGAGAAAUAUAUUGCACCACCGUAAUACCAUCAAUAAUUCGGCAACCAUCCAGAAGAUGAGAACGAUGCUGGGUCCAGGAGUGGACAUCCAGUUCAACACAAAUGGCCAGACAGUGCUUGCUGAAACCACUGGGACCAGAGACCAGAGACCCACUCAGGAGCCUGCCUCGCCCACUCAGGAGCCUGCCUCGCCCACUCAGGAGCCUGCCUCGCCCACUCAGGAGCCCGCCUCGCCCACUCAGGAGCCCGCCUCGCCCACUCAGGAGCCUGCCUCGCCCACUCAGGAGCCUGCCUCGCCCACUCAGGAACCUGCCUCGCCUCCAACUUGUGGUCCACACUGCGCUGACUCAACAGACCUCAGGAAAGUAAGGCCCUGCAGGCAGUCUUGGACACCUGGAGGCCGUCAUCCUCUCCAAGACCAAUUGUUAAGCUACAUUCUGGAUGAGAGUCGUCCCAGCCAGGAACUUGUUGUGAAAGAUGGGCCAACAUGCUUGACGAGGGAGAAUUUCCUUACCUUGGGUCAUAACAGGUCAAUGGACUCAAUGGUGGGAAAUGCUUGCCUCCGUGUUGUGAAGGAGAUGACUGAACACCAGGGAAAACAUGUAUUUGUUGUUGACCUCCACAUCCCCCCAACGUGGCUCCAUCCUCUGAAUGCAGACCCUUAUCGCGCCUUUCCAGUGGACGUCACCAGCAUGGACGCAGUUAUUGUCCCCUUGUGGACACCAGGCCAUUUUUUGGUUUGUGUAAGUGAGGAUUGCUUUGAAACCUAAAACAACUAUGCUGUU